AGGGAGAAAAAAAAAAGCCUUAAAACCAAUCCUAAAACCUGAUCAGCAGAGGGCAGGGAGAAGGCACCAUGGAGUCCCUGGUUCUGCAGGCCCUGGCUUUACCCACUGCUCCUGUCCCUGCUCCCCUCCCUCCUGCAUAUGGCACAGCACAGGUUGGAUGGGGUGUUGAGUGACCUGGUCUGAGUGGUGGCAUCCCUACCAUGGCAGGGGGCUGGAGGGAGAGGAUCUUGAAGCUGCCUUCCAACCCAAGCCAUUCUAUGAUUCUAUGAGUUAGGUUUUCCUAGCCUGCAAGUCCUUUCUUCCUCCCCACCUGCGGCUGCAAGAGGACCUUUCUGUUUUUCAGUGUAUGCUUUUCUGAGCACCCUGGCUUGUGAAGCAUUACCUGGUUAAACUGGAAUUGAAGCAGGACAACGCCAGCCCCUCCUGGUCCAGAAAAGGGCUCCACCGUGGAACCGGCCCUCGGGAAGCAUGGGAAAGGGCUACAAGGUGGUGGUUUGUGGAAUGGCCUCGGUGGGAAAGACUGCGAUUUUGGAGCAGCUUCUCUAUGGAAAGCAUACUGUUGGCUUAGAAGAGGGUGCCACAAUGGAAGAUGUGUAUUUGGCAUCGGUGGAGACAGACCGGGGCGUGAAGGAGCAGUUGCGGCUGUAUGACACCAGGGGUCUGCAGGAGGGCGUGGAAUUGCCCAAACACUAUUUCUCUGUGGCUGACGGCUUCGUGCUGGUGUACGCCGUGACCAGCCUCGAGGCGUUCCAAAGAGUCGAACUGCUCAAAAGGGAGAUCGAUGUCUUCAGGGACAAAAAGGAGGUUGCAGUUAUUGUCUUGGGGAACAAAACUGACCUCCUGGACCAAAGGCAAGUGGAAACAGAAGCAGCACAGCAAUGGGCAAGGGCUGAGAAAGUGAGACUGUGGGAAGUGACUGUGACAGAUCGGAAAACACUGCUUGAACCCUUCACCUUCUUAGCUAGCAAACUGUCGCAGUCCCAGAACAAAUCAACAUUUCCCUUGCCUGGAAGGAAGAGCAAAGGGAAUAACUGUGAAAACUAGACUAGCUUAGCAUUGUCUCCUGCUGCCAGGUCACAGUCUAAGUCCUUUUUGUGCCAUUUGCUUCUUGCAGUUUCACUUAAAGCAAUAAUAUCAUUCAGCAAUAAAAUCAGCAAGCUUAUAGCUAAGAGGUAUCCUUCCUUCUCAUAGACUUGGCUUGGAAAGGCUGCUGGUGGUAAAAGCCUCAAAAAGCACUUUAGGAGAGCAGUUAUUUUGUAGUCAGGGUUAUGGAGGAGGAAGUUUUAGAUGGAUACCUCUCUAGCAGGGGCUUUUACUAUGCCUGGAUACAGCCAUGUUGAGGGACAAAUCAACAAGCUUACCAGUAUAUAAUCCCCCUGCACAUCUAUAGCCUGUAGUCACAAAAAGUAUUAGCUGCAAUAAAGCAUUCAAUUUGGAAAGGUGA